AUGACUGCCCUUUCAGUGUUCUUGGAUGUUCCCCCAGCUCAGAAGCUAGAAGGCAGUUUGUUAAAGAUCUACAAACAAGACGACUCCUCUAAAAAGAUGUUCCUGGCCUAUAAAGUCUGCAUGACCCAGGAAGGACAGCCCUGGGUGUCUUUUGUGGUGCACAAAAUCCGACUGCAGCUCGCCCAGGAUCCCUCCCUGAACUACGAGUAUCUACCGGUGAUGGGCAUGAAAUCAUUCAUCCAGGCCUCGUUGAGACUUCUCUUUGGAAAGCACAGCCAAGUCAUUGUGGAGAACAGGGCAGGGGGUGUGCACACUGUUGGUGACAGUGGUGCCUUCCAACUUGGGGCCCAGUUCCUCAAAACUUGGCGUCAGGAUUCUCAAAUAGUCUACGUCAUUUCUUCUCAAAUAGAACAUCAUGGAUUCAUCUUCCAGGACAUGGGUUUUACAGUUUUUGAAUUCUCCUUCUGGGACCCUGAGCAGCUGUGCAUGGACUCCAAUAUGCUCUUCAGUGUGGUGAAGCAGGCCCCAUAUGGCUGUAUCUUUGUGAUCGGGAACAUUGACCACUGCAAGAUGACACAAUAUCAAUGGACAAAGUUGAUGGCCACCAUGAAGAGAAAGCGGAUAUUCCUAUUUUUUGACAUCCCCUAUCAAGGUUUAGCUACCGGUGACCUGGAAGAAGAUACUAAAUUCUUACAAUACUUCGUGUCCGAAGGCUUUGAAUUCUUCUGCAGCCAGUCUCUGUCCAAGAGUUUUGGCAUUUAUGAUGAAGGAGUGGGGAUUCUAGCCGUGGUGACACGCAACAACCAGCUCCUGCUGUGUGUCCUCUCCCAGCUGAUGAACUUUGCGUUGGCCCUGUGGCUAAACCCUCCCACCUCGGGGGCGCGCAUUAUCACCUCCAUCCUCUGUAACCCUGCUCUGCAUGAAGCAUGGAAGCUGAGUCUAAGAGAGGUCGCAGAACACCUUUUGCUCAUCAAAGAAAAGGUUAAAGAGAAGCUCCGGCUCCUGGGGACGCCUGGCUCCUGGGAUCACAUCACUAAUCAGAAUGGGACCCAUGGCUAUCUUGGGCUCAACUACCAACAGAUAGAAUACUUGGUCAAGAAGAAACAUAUCUACAUCCCCAAGAACGGUCGGAUUAACUUCACCUGUAUCAAUGCCUGCAACAUAGAUUACAUCACUCAGAGCAUCAACGAGGCUAUCUGCUUCACAAAGAGCUCUGGGAAAAAAAAAACCCUCCAAAAAGUUGAUAUCUCCUAA